CGUGAGGUGGAUGGGGCCGACCUCGGGAGAGGGCUUUUGGGUUCCUCGGGAGACGAGGACUUGAGUGCCUCGUGAGGUGGAUGGGACCGACCUCGGGAGAGGACUUUUUGGUGCCUCGAAAGACGAGGGCUUAAAUGCCUUGUGAGGUGGACGGGGCCGACCUCGAGGAAGGACGUUUUAGUGCCUCGGGAGACGAGGGCUUAGGCAACUUGCAAGGUGGCUGAGGCCGACCCUGGGAAAAGCUGAGAUAAUGUUCCAUCCGGGAGCUCUGCUAGGCGAGCUCGGUUGCAAAUGUCAUGUGGUCUUCUGCUUUGUGCCUGAAAGACAAAAUAUGAAAAAUUCCUUCGUCGUUGUUGCUUUGUUCGUUUUUUUUAUUGGAGCGGCGUGGUGCCGAUGACGCGUGGAAGCGUAAAAGUGCGAUCUCAGCAGAUCUAAUAUUUGUCCUAAGCAGGACUGGCAAGAUUUUGUCCUAAGCAGGACCUUGCAAUACCCUCCGGAGGGAUUUGCUCGCGCAAUGACGAGGACCGCGUGAGGCCAUAUCGUGGCGUGGAAGCCCGAUGGUGCACAGCUGCACAGAGUCGCGUGGAAGCGAAAAUGAAAUCGCGUGGAAGCGAUAUAUUUUUUUUUAUAAUGAUUUUUCUUUUUCUUUUCUUCUUUCGAACUAUCCAAGUUGUAGAAGCAAAUGUGAUGCAAAUCUGAGUAGGAAUCAUAUAAAUAAGGAGUUGGUGUAUCUCAGCUGAACCAUGAAGGUGGGUCGCAGCCCGGUGAGAUCAGAGGUGAUGGAGAUCAUCGUAGUCGGAUAUCAGAACAUGUACUCUGCCCAAUGAAGAGAAGGAUGGGACAAAAUUCACAAGGCCCCUCAAGUUAUUUUGAAUCAGAACAUAUAUUUGGCUGAACAUAGUACAAUCGGCAUCAGCAGACUCGGCCGACUAAGACCGCCACCGCUGAAUUGGAUCUUACAAUACUGCCGCACGAACUCUGCUCGUCAUGAUCUUGUACUCGGACUUGAUCACCCUCCCAUGUUCAGAUUUAGCCCCACUAGAAAUUAUGAGCUCGACCUUCGGAGUUGUCACGCACUCGGCCGUAUGAGAUUUUGACUUAAAUGCAUAAAAGGAGAGAGAGAAAUAUAGAGUCCACUCUGGACCCGGGUGAAGAGGCCAAAACAGUGACGAUGGACGUCGGGCAUCUCUCCUCGAGGUUGCCCCAACAGCAAAUCUCAAUUAAUGGAUCCCUCUCAGCUACUUAUCUCUUUGUAUAAAUUCCAAUAGAAAUGUAACAAAUUGUACACAACAUGAAAUGAGUAUGGAGUAUAGUAGUAGCAGGUAGACCCACUUUAUAUAUUUUGUUUUGUUGAAGGGAUUAUCACAAUAAAGUGAACCACCCCCUUCUCUUCAAAUUUGGAUCGUCAUUGCGGAGUAUGAAUAUGGCCCUCUUUUUGAAAAUGGGGUAAUAAUAGUGAGGUGUCACUUCUAAAAUUCAUUGGUGAUCUUGGACAAUCCUCUUUUUAGUACGGAGCAAUAAUAAUAAAAAAGGGGCAUGCCACUUGCCUGGUUUUUCUUCUUUACAGGCAGGAGAGCAGAUUUUCAUCCCUUUCCCAAUGGAAGAUCAUGACCAGCCGCAGAUCUAUGAAGUCACGUGACCCUCAUCAUCUUGUUUUUCACGUUCAUUGUCAGCAUUCCGUCGUCGUCGUCGUCGAGGAGCCCAAUGCUCGUCGGCCAAAUUUCCUUCGUUUUCGUCGAAUUCGGCAGGGGACCUCUUCCCCCGCAAUCAAACCUGCUGUUACCCCCGUCCGCUGCACCUUCCGUCCUCUGCCAUGAACUCUUGAUCUGGGCUGCGUUCCCAACUGCAUCCCACUAUCAUCGCUGCCCCGGCGAUGGCUCACCAUUUGGCCGUCAACUCAUGGAGCGGUGGUCAGACGCUGCUGGGGUUUCACCGGCGCUGGUCGCGGCAGCAGAGGAUGGCUCGACGGCGGUUCCUCCAUCACUGAGUUCACGCGGUUGCUUAACGGUCACCGCCGCCGGCGACGCGAAGGAACUUCACCCGUCAUCGGAAAUUGCAAGAUCUUGUGUCGUUGGUGAUGGCGACCCUAGAGACAUGUACGGGCGGCCUCAUCAAACCGCCACGAACACGAAUAGCAGCACCUCCGCCGCAAAAGAGAACAGAGUCGCCGGAAACUUGAACGAAGCAGGGAGCGGACUACAGGAAUAGCUGUAGUAGACUCCAGAGCCGCUGAAGCUAUUAGGCCGCGUCUGGGCACCGUGGACGGUGGAGAGAGCUCCGUCCGGGUCGGGUUGAAAUUCAACCCAGUGGCUCCGUCCAGAUCGGGAUCUGCUGGCGGCACCUUGGCACCUGCGAUCUACCAUCAAGUUUUGGAAUCUGAAUUUUGAGAGCCUCUGCACGGUGGAUUUCACGAUUUGCGCCAAUUGGAGUGCAGCUAGUCGACUGGUCCCUAGAAAGACAGAAGCUGCUCCUUGGGGAAGUGAAAGUGAGGGCGAUGAAGAUCCGUAGAGGUCCCUUUUCUCAGCUCCAUGUAAGAUCCCUACUAUCCGCCCGG